AUGUUGUUGUGGUUUCUCCUCCUACCAGUUAUCGACGGAUGCUUGGCCAUUGAAUCGGUUCAGGAGCCCGGACAAUUCGUCUACCAAAUAGAACAUCACAUCGGUCAUCCGAGUGUGUCUUCUUCACACUCAUCAUCCCAUCCGCGCCAACAAAAGGCAUCCACCGGGUUUCCCUCAGACGUAUGUAUGAGUCCAAACGAUCGGGCCCACUCGGUUCCGGAGGUGGUUGACCACCCACAUCAUCUGCAAAUUCAAAUCGAGGAGCCUGAUUUGGGAAGUGCUGUGGUUGAUGAUCAAGAGCCACUGGGCAGAAGAAGCUCCAGAACGGAUGGACACCACCAGAAACUCACAUCGGCGGCUGCUCCGGAGCUGACUGAGCGGCUGUUGAGCCGGUGUAACCAGCAGCAGCUCGGAGACCCGGCCAGUCCGAUCACUGACCCCGACCCUGCAAGAUGUCCGAUCUGCUUGAGCGAAUUCCAGAGCAGUGAUCUCAACUUCUGGUGGGAAGAGUGUCGCCACCAGUUCCACAACCAAUGCAUCCAGCCUUGGAUAGACAAUAAUCAUCUCACCUGUCCGCUUUGCAGACAACUGAUCCCGGCAGACAAACGCCCGUCGACUCAGCCGUCUCUGCUCUCCAUCAGAAGCCCAACAACACAUCGGUUCCCAGUCCGUCCUCUCGCUCACAAUGAGCUCUGGCGAGAUCGAUACACUAAUCUGAUGCUCGCCAUCACCGCGCUUGUCGUGCUCCUUCUCCUGGUCAAGGAGAAUUGGAUGCGUUGAAUCUGGGUCAUAACCUCACUUCUCUCCUUUGACUGGCAUUUCAGAAUGCAAUAAUAAUAAUAAUAAUUGCCUAUCUUUAACGCUCACCAUGGCGUUGUUAAUAAUAAAGGGAACAAGAUUCAUCUCUCGGAAUGCCUCACAUCAAACUGAUUGCCAUUCCUUUCAGCACGAGUUCAUGAAGUGCCUUCUGUGUAGUGUCAUCCUUUCUCUCUUCAA